UUUGGUAUGUAGUCCCAUGUAUAACAUAUAAAAAGUAUUUGAAAAGACAGUUUAGCUGAUGAUAAUAAAUAUGAAGAUAUUACUACGAUAUAGAUGCGCGUGAAAAAUAUAGUGCACUCUUUAUUACACCUUCCGCCAUUGAACAGACAAGAAGGACGAGCAGUCGCGGAAUACACAGUGUAGAAAUUGGAACGAUUAUGCAGAAUAUUGUGGUUUACUGAAUCAAAGUGAUUAUAAUUUGGAUUUUUCAGUAUCGAAGGUUUCAAAAGAAAGCUGUUUGAACAGACGGAGUACGUUUUCAAUCGACUAGUUUGCCUUUAUUCGUAAAUUAAUGUUGUUAUAGUCCGUUUUAUAGUUUUCCAAUCGAUUUUUUUUAAAGGUUUGGAUUCCCAACUAUAUUUGGCAGGCUGUAAAAGCAGCCUUUGCAAUGAAAAUUUGUGGCUUCUAAAACCCAAGAAUCAUGAGUUUUACAAGCGACGAGGUCAACUUUCUAGUAUACAGAUAUCUUCAGGAGUCAGGCUUUGUGCACUCUGCAUACACCUUUGGAAUUGAGAGCCACAUCAGCCAGUCCAACAUCAAUGGAGCCUUGGUGCCCCCAGCUGCUCUUCUGAAUAUCAUAAUGAAGGGUCUACAGUACACUGAGGCUGAGAUCAGCAUAGGAGAGGAUGGGGCCCAGGCCAAGAACAUUGAAGCUUUGACCCUGAUUGAUGCUGUGAUGCCAGACGUGGUGGAAUCGAAGAAACAAGCUGCACAGCCUGCACCAAAGAUCAAGACGGAGCCACCAGCUAGUACCAAUGGGGAAGAAGCCACGCCUGGAGAAAUCGCUAAUCACACAGAUGCCAUGGAAGUUGAUGGCGGGCAGGAAAUUCCUACAAACAAAGCCACAGUUCUCCGAGGACACGAGUCCGAGGUCUUCAUUUGUGCUUGGAAUCCUACAAAUGACUUGCUGGCUUCAGGGUCAGGGGACUCAACUGCUAGGAUUUGGAACAUGAAUGACAACAGCUGUUACAGUGCGAACCAGCUAGUUCUACGACACUGUAUUCAGAAGGGUGGAACGGAAGUCCCGAGUAACAAAGACGUCACUUCUCUAGACUGGAACUGUGAAGGAACUCUGUUGGCUACAGGAUCGUAUGAUGGGUAUGCCAGAAUAUGGAGCACAGAAGGUAGAUUAGUGAACACGCUGGGACAACAUAAGGGACCGAUAUUUGCUCUGAAAUGGAACAAGCGGGGGAACUACAUUCUGAGUGCCGGAGUGGACAAGACCACUAUAAUCUGGGAUGCCAGCUCAGGGAACUGUACACAGCAAUUUGCUUUUCACUCUGCCCCUGCAUUGGAUGUGGAUUGGCAGAGUAACGCUACCUUUGCUUCUUGUUCUACCGACCAGUGCAUCCAUGUUUGCAGGCUAGGGAUGGAGCGCCCCAUGAAAACAUUCCAGGGACAUACAAAUGAGGUCAAUGCCAUCAAAUGGGAUCCUCAAGGCCAGCUACUUGCCUCUUGCUCAGAUGACAUGACUUUGAAAAUCUGGAGUAUGAGGCAAGAUCCCUGUGUACAUGAUCUCCAGGCCCACAGUAAAGAAAUUUACACAAUCAAGUGGAGCCCUACAGGCCCGGGCACAAAUAACCCCAACGUACCUCUCAUACUGUCAAGUGCAUCAUUUGACUCGACUGUGAGGUUGUGGGAGGUGGAACAGGGGCGAUGUCUCCACACUCUUACGAAACACCAAGAACCGGUGUACAGUGUGGCCUUCAGUCCCGAUGGUAAAUAUCUGGCCAGUGGCUCCUUCGACAAGUGUGUCCAUAUCUGGAACGUACAGAGUGGUCAGUUGGUGCAUAGUUAUAAAGGAACAGGGGGGAUAUUUGAGGUGUGUUGGAAUCACAGAGGAGACAAAGUAGGAGCCAGUGCUUCAGAUGGAUCUGUGUUUGUCCUGGACUUGCGAAAAUGAUGACCCCAUGUUGACCUCAAGCUACACUUGAGUUAAAUAUUGUUUGUCUGUGAUAAGUGUAGAUGGCGUACAGUUGAUAGACCAUUGUUCGGCCUUCUGAAGGCAACACCGGCCACAGGUCGAGGCCCCUAGAGGCCCCAUUCCACUCCCUCCAUCCACCUCAUCUCGGCAAAAAUUCACACGGAAGCUGUGAAGGGGUUCAUUCUCGGCAUUCAGUCACCUGCAGACCUAGCUGUAGGAGGAGAGAGACAGUGUGUGAUUGAAUUCAGAAAGAAAAACAUUGACAUAUAGGUCCGCAUUUCAUUUUGUGUAUGUAGAUAAACUGAUAAGUCUAUAGUAGUUUUCAUUGUUACAGUACUACUGAUCUCAGGUGUGUGUGUGUCCCUGGAUGUCUGAGUGGGGUGUGGUCACCUUUAUGUUUCACAACAAGUGCUACAUUUUAUAUUAAACAUGUAAAAAACAAAAAAAAUAUUUAUGUUUACAUAGUUUUGUUGCUUUAAAUGAUUUAAUCACAACCUACUAUAAUAAUGACAUAAAUAAAUGGCUUACUUCGUUUGGGAGAAAAUUAAGAAGAAAAAUUGUUUGUGCAAAUAUCAGAUCAAGAAUUUAAAAGUUACUUUUUGUUCAUAGUGUUUGUGAAAUUAUAUCUUGUUCCCACUCUAAACGUUGUGAAAUAAUGAUUUGAUGUAUGGUUUUGGUUCAAAUCAAAAAGUCGCAUUUCAUAAGUCAUUCGAUUAACUUGAGAUGGCAGCUAUGUCACGGUACAUCACUAUGUCGUUAUACCUUGUAUGUGUGCAUCAACAAUAGGGUUACUAUGUCACAUUAAAAAAAACAGAUUGAUACUGAUAUACAUAUAAUGCUGUAGAAUUUGUAACUUUCAAAAUUUCUAAAAUGGUCACCGCAAAACUUUUUAAGAAAUAAUGAACAUGCUAAUGUGAAUUGUGAUAUUUAAUGAAAGAAAAUUGGAAAUUCAUGUAGUUAAAUUAUAUGAAUGAUGUAUUUGGGAAAAGGCAGAAUAUUAUUUUGGAUAUUCUUACCCAGCCAUUGUUUGUUAAUUAUGUGCCAAGCUUCAUGUUUUGGUAUGUAGACACUGUGUUUAGUAUGUAAUACAAAUAGUGAUCGCCUGAAAAGGGAGCUCACUCUGUACAACAGCAUGGGUCAGGUUAUUACCGACCGUGUGCGUACCAGAGUGUUUCAGUUGUCAAAUACAAAAACAAAUUCUCAAUAUC